UUGCUUGCAACACUCUCGCGGAUUCUCAGAAACACAAACACCUCUCUCUCUCUCUCUCUCACACAGCCAUGUGCAAGUUAUCAUCAUCUUCCACAGCUACAACUAUGUGUAUGCGUGAAUGCAAUGAAGGGCAAGAAGGAAAAACCCCUGACAUGCUUACUCAUUUGAUCCCUAAAACCCCAACAACAACACAAAAGCCCCACAAAAACAACACAACCAAUCAUUUAUCAGAAGCAAUCAAAGAAGCAAAGUGCAUAGCCAAGAUAUCGUUACCCAUGGUCCUAACUGGCCUACUACUUUACUCUCGCUCCGUCAUUUCCAUGAUCUUCCUCGGCCGCCUCGGCGACCUUGCCUUGGCCGGAGGCUCUCUAGCCAUUGGAUUCGCCAACAUCACCGGCUACUCUCUUCUCUCCGGCCUCGCCGUCGGCAUGGACCCAAUCUGCGGCCAGGCUUUUGGCGCCAAAAGGUACAAGCUCUUGGGCCUCACCAUGCAGAGGACAGUGCUUCUCCUCCUCCUCACUUCAACCUUCAUUGCCGCUCUUUGGCUUAACAUGAAAAAGAUUCUCCUCUUUUGUGGCCAGCAACACGACAUAGCCACCGAAGCUCAAUCCUUCAUUCUCUUCUCUCUUCCCGAUCUCCUUGCGCAAUCGCUGCUCCAUCCCCUCAGAAUCUAUCUCAGAACCCAAUCCAUAACUCUCCCUCUUACAUACACCGCGCUUCUUUCGAUUCUUCUCCACGUCCCAAUCAACUACCUACUAGUCUCUGUUCUUGGCCUUGGAAUCAGAGGAAUCGCGUUAGGCGCUGUUUGGACGAACUUCAACCUUGUGGCGUCUCUGAUUAUCUACAUAUGGGUUUCAGGGAUUCACACCAAGACAUGGACCGGUGUUUCUUCUGAAUGCUUCAAGGGAUGGAAGCAACUACUGAGUCUCGCGAUUCCUAGCUGCGUCUCUGUGUGCUUGGAAUGGUGGUGGUACGAGAUUAUGAUCUUACUCUGCGGCUUGUUGAUCAAUCCUCAAGCAACCGUUGCGUCAAUGGGGGUUUUGAUCCAAACAACUGCAUUGAUAUACAUUUUCCCAUCUUCGUUGAGCUUCGGCGUGUCUACAAGAGUUGGAAACGAACUUGGUGCAGGGAAUCCCAAGAGAGCGAAGCUUGCAGCAAUUGUGGGACUCUGUUUCAGCUUCUUAUUGGGAUUCUCCGCAUUGGUGUUUGCAAUUUCGGUGAGGAACGUGUGGGCUUCGAUGUUCACAAAGGAUUCACAGAUCAUUGCUCUAACGUCAAUGGUGUUGCCGAUCAUAGGGCUGUGCGAGCUCGGAAACUGUCCUCAAACGACGGUUUGCGGUGUUCUGAGGGGAACGGCAAGACCAAAACUGGGAGCCAACAUAAACUUAGGUUGCUUUUACCUUGUGGGAAUGCCCAUUGCGGUUUGGUUAAGCUUCUAUGGUGGUUUUGACUUUAAAGGAUUGUGGCUUGGCCUAUUGGGUGCUCAGGGUUCAUGUAUGGUGACUAUGACGUUUGUUUUGGUUCUAACCAAUUGGGAAGCUCAAGCACUUAGAGCAAAGGAUCUUACUUCUUCUCAGGAUGUGGCGCAACCAAAUUUCGCAGAGGAUGAUGAACAAGAACAUUGCAAAUGCUCUCUGAUUUCGUCAAAACAAUUCUCUGAUUCUUUAGUUUGAUAACAUUUUUUUUGGUACCGUUACCUAGAUUAUUUUUUUUAUUUGUA